AUGGAACAUUAUGAUCCAAAACUGGAAAGAACAUUUAAUACUCUUACCGUUCUUAUUAAGUCCAAGAAGCGUUCUUCGGUAAACGAAGUUUAUGUUGAUAUCCCUCCGCGAAAAAAAGUUCGUGGAUUAUACAAAAAGGAAAUAUCGGAAAGUGAAAUUAUUUAUAGUGAACAAGAGUGUUUAGAUGCAUUGAUGCCUGCAGAUUCUGGUGAUACGAUGUCCGACAAUGACUAUGAAAAAUUUUACCUCAACGAUUUUAUUUUUUAUGAUAGCGUGGAGAAUGAGGUUGUGGAUUUUUUUCCGGAAAGGAGUACUGAAAAAAUUCUAUUUUGGGAUGGUGAUAUUGUUGAUGAUGACAAGAACAUGGCGUGUAAAAGGGCAAUUUUCAAAACGUUUUCGAUUAGCGGUUUCGGGUUGGAAGAAUCAAAUUUAGAGGUCAUGAUCCAAUCAAGUCUUAAUGACAAAGUGUGGUACGCACUUCGUACACCACAACCUAUGUACCAUGAUAUCUGGAUUGCGUUUUUAUGGAAAGCGCAUUUGGUGAAAUAUGCGCUCGAUUAUAUAUAUAAUAAUCCGGAUGUCCUUUUUGAAGAUUUUAGAUUCGGAUUUUUUGACUGGAUAACCGAACAUAGAAAAGAUGAUAGUAUUUUUAAAAAAUGGCUUAGUGAAGUGAACGGCAAUACGGAUUUCAGAUCGGUUGUUGCAAAUAACAUACACUUAAUUUGGCAUGAAGCAUACAAUCUUGGCGAAGAUUAUUCGUGCUUGCCAUUCUUUACAGAUGAAUAUUGUCCUGCAAAAUAUUCUCGCAUUGAAAGUCAAAAUAAAAUUGAAAAGACAGUUGUUACACCAAAAGUGUAUAAAUGGUUUCAUGGCUUAUUUCCGGAGUUACUACAACCUUUAGUACCGAUCAGCGAAAGUGAGUGCAUUCCGAUUGUAUAUAUUCAGAAUGAUGAGGAAUUCAGAGAAAUUAAUUAUAAGAGUCGAUGGUUAUUCGAUAAUCCGCUUGAAGAACCGCAUUGUUUUGAACAAGUUACAGUUGAUGGUAUAACUCUUAAAGUAGGGGAUGCGGUUGAAGUAGUUUCUAUUGACGGAUCUGCCGAUGGUCGUUGGUUUUGUAUAAUAACUACGUUCAUAAAAAGAGGCAAAAGCGGAUUGUUUCGAUUACUGUGGCUAUACACACGUCAUCAAACUGUACUCAGAAAACUUGAUAAGGAUGUCAGUAUUAACAAAUCAAGAGAAUUAUUUUUCUCGUCCAAUUGUGAGUGCCAGGAACCAUGGCCUCUUGAAAACAUAAUUCGCAAGAUUGAUGUGCACUUUGGGAAGUCGUGUUGUCCAGACCUCGAUCACUCUUUUUUCUGUCGCUAUCAAUAUUCUCAUGAAACUGAAGAUUCGUUCUUGUCUUUCCAUCCAGGAUUACUUCCCAAAAAGGAUGGACUGAUCUGCGGUUGUAAACGACCUGAAACUAAUUAUUAUGAGGAAUUUAUUGAAAAGUAUAAGAUUAAUGACUGUAUUCUAUUAAUGCCGCUUAAAGGAGACAUUUUGGAUUUGUACACAGUUUGCUGUAUUGAACGAUUCGAUUUAGAUAGAAAAUCUGUCUGGUUAAGACGAUUUUACAGAUGGAGCGAAACAUCAGUAAAACGGCCAAAGUCACCAAUAAACGAAAUUUUAUAUUCUGAAUACGUUUUCGAAUUUAAUACAUUUCAACAUGUAGUUAGUUCAUGUCAUGUUGAGUUUGUUAAAUAUGGCAAAAAAAUACCAGUCAAUCUUCAACAUCGUGGUGCCGGAAAUCAUUUUUACUUUUCAAGGAAAUAUGAUCGGAUAACUAGAACAAUUCAUCCUAUUAAAUCAGAAUCACAGCAACUUUCAGAAAAUUUUCCCAGUUAUUCUUUUAAGAUAGGAAAUACAUAUAAGUUGAAGUGUCUUGACUUAUUUUGUGGAGGUGGUUCGUUGGGUCGUGGAUUUGAAGAUGCAGGCUUCACGCAUUGUCAAUGGGCUAUUGAUAAAUAUGAGGCCGCUAUAAAGACUUAUAGGCACAAUCUUCAACACGACGACAUUAACAUAUUGAAUCAGAGUGUAAAUAACAUACUUUCUGAUGCGAUUUUAGGAGUUCCAAAAGCUCGGGUUCCACCUAAAGGUGAUGUUGAAAUAAUACUUGCAGGUUCACCUUGUCAAGGGUAUUCUUAUAUGAACAGGCAACAGCAUAAUAUCAAAGCAAAAAGAAAUAACUCUCUUGUUGCUUCUGUUGUUUCCUUUGUGGAUUUAUACCAUCCGAGAUACCUAUUAUUGGAAAAUGUUCGGAGGAUUACGUCAUCGGAUGCAUUUUAUCGAUUAAUCGGAUGUCUUCUUGAGAUUGGAUAUCAAAUCCGAUUUGGUGUAGUAUCAGCUGACAGAAUGGGAUGUGCCCAAAAACGUUAUAGAAUGUUCUUAUGGGGAGCUGCUCAUGGUGAGGUCUUACCAACGAUGCCGCCAGUUACUCACAAGGGUCUAAAUGACACAUUUGAAACUCAUGCAAGUUUUCCCAUGGUUUCAAUAAAGGAUCACAUAAGUGAUCUUCCACCAAUCGGUGAAGGAGAAAUCUGGUACCCUUCAUUUCCGGACCACAAGACUUAUCAAAUGAGUGUGAAAACCAAAGAAAUUCUUCGAAGGAUACCAACAUUCCCACCAGCAAGAGAUUAUUAUUACGCUCGGAAGCAUAAAUUUAUAUCUGACUUACAUGCUGUACCGAGCUAUGACGCUAAGUUGAUAAAAUUUCCUAAAGCCGCACAAAGCUAUAGAUAUUGUCAACGGAUUGACCCGAGUGGUUUAUUUCCAACAAUAUGCACAGCAAUGCGCCCUAGUGGAUAUUAUCCGGAAGUUGUUCAUUAUAAGGAGCCACGAAUGGUUAGUGUUCGUGAGGCGGCUCGGGCACAAGACACUGAUAUUUUAUGUGGAACAAUCGGGGAUCAAUAUAAAAUUGUUGGCAAUUCCGUUCCACGUAAUGUUGCUUUUUCACUUGGGCUUGAGCUUGGACGUGCACUUUGUGAUUCACAACAUGAAAACGCAGCAAACACUUUUCAAUAUAAUUGA